UUCUAAAUGAGAGCACACAUAUGGUGCCUAUGAUGUGUCAAAGAAUGAAAAGCCCUCGAUCCCUCCCACUCUGGUUGUAGAUUGCACCAUGUUAGAUAAAACCAGUGACAAAGACCAACAGUCUGAGCACUGCUCAGACUGUGGAUGCAUCCUUUUACAGUCUGACUCGGAUUCAAGCAGCACUUCAGCUCAUCCUAAACAGCAACGUGUGCACAAAGCAGUCAGUCCUUCCAAAUGUCCAUCCUGCCAGGCGGGCAGCAGCCUUCCAAAUGGGCGUCGCCGCAUCCGCCUGGACCCUCACAGCUGCAGCCUGUGCUCCAAAACCUUCAUCUCCUCUGCCCACCUGGCCCUUCACCUCGCCUCUCACAAGGAGAGGAAGUUCAGAUGUAGCACUUGUGGGAAGCACUUUCAUCAGGCUUCCCACCUGGUGGCACACAAGAUGAUCCACAGCGGGGACAGGCCAUUUAAAUGCCCAGAGUGCGGUAAGACCUUCGGCCGCGCCUCGCAUCUGAAGACCCACCGGCGGCUUCACACAGGCGAGAAGCCUUUUAAGUGCACCUACUGUGACAAGUCGUUCACACAGAAGGCUGGGCUCCUGGCACACGUCCGUCUACACACAGUGGAGCAGCCAUACAAGUGUGAGCAGUGUGGUAAGGGUUUUCGCUCUUUGUCACGCCUGCUCUCUCACAAGGCCGAGGAGUCGUGUGGGCAUAACAAACCAGUGUCGGCACAGGCAAAACCAGUGUCAGCACCAGCACUCAACCAGCCCAAGAAGACACAGAGUAGCCCUGAGGAUCUCAAGUGUGGCGUCUGCUGUCGCACCUUUGUACGAUCAUCAUACAUCAGAUUGCACAUACGCCUCAACAGAGGACAGCGGCCUUAUCACUGCAAAGUGUGCAACAAGACCUUUGCCAGGCUGGAUACGUUUGUGAACCACUGUGAUAAACACUUACGAGAGAAAGGGGAUAAAAGUGUGGUAAAGGAGGUAAAAGACAAAGUUGUUAAACCUCCCUUGUUUGUCCCGCUCUCCAGGCCUCCUCCUUCUGAAUCCUUAUCCACUCAGCCUUUAUCCUCAGAGGUCAACACACGCUCCAGAGCAAAAGCAAAGAGUAAAACAGAGCCAUGACCAAGAGGAGUGCAUCCACACAGACAAAAAUGGUCUUUAACCAAGAAAUGUGGCAUAAAUAUUCUGCCAUAGCAGAUUGUAACAAAUGCUGGACAGUAUUGUCAUGUUGAUGUAAUUUUCGAAAAAAAAAUCCCAAAACAAUACAAUGAUUGAAAAGUUAUAUGUUUACAAUUACAAUUUACAAAUGAUCAGAAAAAGGGACAGAGAAAGCAAAGUUGUAGUUGAAUAACUAAAAAAAAAUACUGUUAUGUGAUUUAUAUCAUUAGUUCACCAAUUGUUAAUUGGUACACUUUGUAUUAAGUUAUUUUUUAUUUAAAAUAAUUAAUUUAAUUUUCAAUGAAUAUCUUUGUAAGUACCACAAUGUUGCUAUUUUAGCCCCCGAGGCUAAUUAACACUUGUAACAGUAACAUUUCAAUGGCGUACAUUGUUCACUCUAAUCUUUAAAUAUUGAAAAUAUAGUAUCUCUAACUAUUAUAAUUCAUGGUUAAUGUGUUGUUGUUGUUUUACCCAUACAAGCCUAUUGGCAUGUAUAGCAAUCAGAACAAAUUACACAGAGUAAAAAAAAAAAAAUACACAUAAAAGCAUAUUGUGGAGGACUGAACCAUUUCUUUUGUUGCACCUUGAGACCACAAAUAUCUGUUGAAAACAGUUUGUUGUUUCAAUUAUCAACCAUUGUCUUCAAUAAAGCAUCUUAUUCCAUCUAGCCCAAUGAGCAUUCAAGUCAAAGUUACAGUAAUGCUACACAGUUCAUUCUUAGCAUGUAACUUCUUUUGUUAAUCUGCCCUUAUGACAUGGUUCAUGGUGUGCCCUAUCACCUGGGCCUGUAGUUAUCAGGCUUAACAUUUUAGGACUACAUGUCCUGUCAGAUGAGCUUCCUUUGGGCGUCACACUUUAUUCCCAGUCAGCAGCAGCUCCCCGCUGAUACCUCACUGACCCUAAACUCAACAGAAGAUUUAUUAGACUGUUUUCCUGUGGAUCUCCAUGGCUGACGGAGAAUCUGUCACCUCCACAUGGGGAAACUCUUUGUCCCAACCUAUGGACAAAGAGAAACAAACUUUAAGGAUACCAUUUCCAAUUUACAGGUCAAGUUAGGACUCUUGAGAGGCUAAUGUUUGAACAAAGUCACAUUGCAUGAGAGUCACAAAUGUAACCACAAUGCUGUAAAAGAGAAUUAAACAAUCUACCACCACUUGGGCAUAGUUAAUGCAUUAGAUAAGGAGAGUACAAAGUGAAGAUUAAAUGUUUGCCUGGCA